GAGCCGGAGCGAGAGCCCCGCGGUGUGCACGGCCGAAGCGCCCGGUCCGUGCGCGCGUCCCCACGGCAUGCCGGGCCCCCGCCUGCUGGCCGCGCUCUGCGGCGUGCUCCUCUGCGCCCCGGGACUCCUCGCCUCCUCCGGGGACUUCUGUGACUCUAGCCAGUGCCUCAAUGGUGGGACUUGCCUGUUGGGCCAGGACAACACCCCCUUCUACUGCCUCUGCCCCGAAGGCUUCACAGGCCUCAUCUGCAAUGAGACCGAGAAAGGUCCUUGUAUCCCAAACCCCUGCUACAAUGAUGGUGAGUGCCAGGUGAUCAAGGACACGUACCGGGGGGACAUCUUCACCCAGUACUUCUGCAAGUGCCCACAUGGCUAUACAGGCAUCCACUGUGAGACCACCUGUGCCAUGCCUCUGGGCAUGGAGUCGGGCGCCAUUUCCGACUCGCAGAUCUCUGCCUCGUCUGUGCACUUGGGCUUCCUGGGUUUACAGCGCUGGGCCCCAGAGCUGGCCCGCCUGCAUCGCUCAGGCAUCGUCAACGCGUGGACAGCCAGCAACUAUGAUAAGAACCCCUGGAUCCAGGUAAACCUGAUACGACAGAUGCGCGUGACAGGUGUGGUGACACAGGGGGCCAGCCGAGCGGGGAGUGCCGAGUACCUGAAGUCUUUCAAGGUGGCCUACAGCGUCAACGGACGCAAGUUCCAGUUUAUCCAGAGCGCAGACGGGUCAGGAGACAAGGUGUUUGUGGGUAACAUGGACAACAGUCACCUGAAGGUCAACCUGUUUGACUUCCCUCUGGAGGUGCAGUACGUGCGGCUGGUGCCCGUCGUCUGCCACCGGGGCUGUACUCUCCGCUUUGAGCUCCUUGGUUGCGAGUUGAACGGAUGUGCCGAGCCCCUGGGAAUGAAGGACGGCACCAUCCCGGACAAGCAGAUCACGGCCUCCAGCCUCUACAAGACCUGGGGCCUCAGCGCCUUCGGCUGGUUUCCCUCUUAUGCGAGGCUGGACAAGCAGGGCAAGUUCAAUGCCUGGACCGCCCAGACCAACGAUGCCUCCGAGUGGCUGCAGGUUGAUUUGGGCUCCCAGAGGGAGGUGACGGGCAUCAUUACCCAGGGGGCCCGAGACUUUGGCCACAUCCAAUAUGUCGCGGCCUACAAGGUUGCUUAUAGUAACGACAGCACGAACUGGAUCGAGUACAGGGACCAGGGGGCCUUGGACAGCAAGAUCUUCCCUGGCAACUUGGACAAUAAUUCCCACAAGAAGAACAUGUUCGAGAUGCCCUUCCUGGCUCGUUUUGUGCGCAUCCUGCCCGUCGCCUGGCACAACCGAAUCACCCUGCGCGUGGAACUGCUGGGCUGUUAGUGCUGCGUGUGGCCGGCCUGGCCGAGGGGCGCCUGGCCCUGCCCUGCUCUUCCCGGCCCUUCUGGUGGCCUGCUGCCUUCUCCACCCCACCUCCUGAUUGCCGGGGACUGGGGGGCAGGGGUUUCAGUCACCGCCCUCUCCCCACCCCUCUCCUCCCCCUACCCUGUGGCCCCGCACCCAGCCCUCACGCCACCUCAUCAUUUUCUUAGACACUGGAGUCGAGUAGGUCUGGGAUGGAGAGCAAGGGCAAAGCAGGAAGCCGGGGCUGCCCGCGCCUCUUGGAUUCCUGGUUCUAGGCUCCCUGUUCCCCCUGCGUGCUCCCCGCCCCCGCGGUCCCAGGGCCCUGGAGGAAGGCCCGGAGGUGCCAGGCUGGACAUAAAGGUCUCCUGUCCCUCAGCACCACGCUGCCACUCAACUGCCACUGCCACCCAGCCUCCUCCCACAGCCCCCUGAUCUCCCUGGAGACCCACCCCUCUUGACCCUUGCUCUGAAGCCUGAGAGACAGAAGGGGGUGGGGUGGGGUGGGGUGGGGUGGGCUUAUGGAGAGAGAGGGAUGCAGGUGGGUGGGUGAGCAUGGGAGGCGCCCUCUGCGCUGGUUCUUCCCCAGAGUGCCCAGGCAGCUUCCAGAAUAUAUUUAUAUCACCCCCUGAA